AUGGCGGUGAGGACAAGGUUCCUGGCGGUGAGGACAAGUAUCCUGGCGGUGACGACAAGGUUCCUGGCGGUGAGGAGAAGAUUAUUGGCGGUGAGGCAAUGUUCCUGGCGGUGGGGACAAGGUUCCUGGGGUGAAGACAAGGUUCCUGGCGGGGAGGACAAGGUUCCUGGCGGUGAGGCCAAGGUUCCUGGCGGUGAGGACAAGGUUCUUGGUGGUGAGGACAAGGUUCUUGGAGGUGAGGAGAAGGUUCCUGGCGGUGAGGACAAGGUUCCUGGCGGUGAGGACAAGGUUCUUGGUGGUGAGAACAAGGUUCCUGGCGGCGAGGAGAAGGUUCCUGGCGGUGAGGACAAGGUUCCUGCCGUUGAGGACAAGGAUCCUGGCGGUGAGGACAAGGUUACCUGGCUGUCAGGAAAAGGUUCUUGGCGGUGAGGAAAAGGUUUCAGACGGUGAGGACAAGGAUCGUAACGGUGAAGACAAGGUUCCUGGCGGUAAGGAAAAGGUUCCUGGCGGUGGGGACAAGGUUUCAGACGGUGAGGACAAGGUUUCUAGCGGUGAGGACAAGGUUCCUGGCGGAGAAGACAAGGUUCUUGGUGGUGAGGACAAGGUUCUAGGCCGCGAGGACUAGGUUCAUGGCGGUGAGGACAAGGUUCCUGGCGGUGAGGACAAGUAUCCUGGCGGUGAGGACAAGGUUCCUGGCGGUCAGGACAAGGUUUUUGGCGGUGAGGAAAAGGUUUCAGACGGUGAGGACAAGGUUUCUAGCGGUGAGGACAAGGUUCCUGGCGGUGAGGACAAGGUUCCUGGCGGUGAGGUCAAGGUUAUUGGCGAUGAGGACAAUGUUCCUGGCGGUGAGGACAAGGUUUCUGGCGGUGAAGACAAGGUCCCUGGGAGUGACGACAAGGUUCAAGGCGGUGAGGACAAGGUUCCUGGCGGUGAGCACAAGGUUCCUGGCGAUGAGGACAAGGUUCUUGGCGGUGAGAACAAGGUUGUUGGCGGAGAGGACAAGGUUCCUGGCGGUGAGGACAAUGUUCCUGGCGGUGAGGACAGUUCCUGGCGGUGAGGACAAUGUUACUGGCGGUGAGGACAAUGUUCCUGGCGGUGAGGACAAGGUUACUGGCGGUGAGGACAAUGUUCCUGGCGGUGAGGACAAGGUUACUGACGGUGAGGACAAGGUUCCAGGCGGUGAGAACAAGGUUACUGGAGGUGAGGACAAGGUUCUUGGCGGAGAGGACAAGGUUCCUGACGGUGAGGCAAGGUUCUUGGCGGUGAGGAAAAGGUUCCUGGAGGCGACGACAAGUUUCUUGGCGGUGAAGACAAGGAUCGUGACGGUGAAGACAAGGGUCCUGGCGGUAAGGAAAAGGUUCCUGGCUGUGAGCACAAGGGUUCAGACGGUGAGGAAAAGGUUUCCAGCGGUGAGGACAAGGUUCCUGGCGGUGAGGGCAAGGUUCCUGGCGGUGAGGACAAUGUUACUGGCGGUGAGGACAAGGUUCCUGGCGGUAAGGACAAUUCCUGGCGGUGAGGACAAUGUUACUGGCGGUGAGGACAAGGUUCCUGGCGGUAAGGAGAAUGUUACUGGCGGUGAGGACAAUAUUCCUGGCGGUGAGAACAAUGUUUCUGACGGUGAGGACAAGGUUCCUGGCGGUGAGGACAAGGUUCCUGGCGGUGAGGACAAGGUUCCUGGCGGUGAGGACAAGGUUCCUGGCGGCGACGACAAGGUUCCUGGUGCUGAGGUCAAGGGUCCUGGCGCUGAGGACAAGGUUCCUGGCGGUGAGGACAAAGUUCCUGGCGGUGAGGACAAGGUUCCUGGCGGUGAGGACAAGGUUCCUGGCGGUGAGGACAAGGUUCCUGGCGGUGAGGACAAGGUUCCUGGCGGUGAGGACAAGGUUCCUGGCGGUGAGGACAAAAUUCCUGGCGGUGAGGCCAACGUUCCUGGCGGUGAGGACAAGCCUCCUGGCGGUGAGAACAAGGUUACUGGUUGUGAAGACAAGGUUCCUGGCAGUGGAGACAAGGUUCCUGGCAGUGGGGACAAGGUUCCUGGCGGUGAGGACAAGGUUCCUGGCGGUGAGGACAAGGUUCCUGCCAGUGAGGACAAGGUUCCUGGCGGUGAGGACAAGGUUUCUCGCGUUGAGGACAAGGUUCCUGCCGGUGAGGACAAGGUUCCUGGCGGUGUGGACCAGUGAGGACAAGGUUCCUGGCGGUGAGGACAAGGUUCCUGCCGGUGAGGACAAGGUUCCUGCCGGUGAGGACAAGGUUGCUGGCGGUGAGGACAAGGUUCCUGGCGGUGAGGACAAGGUUCCUGCCGGUUAGGACAAGGUUCCUAGCGGUGAGGAAAAGGUUCCUGGCGGUGAGGUCAAGGUUCCUGCCGGUCAGGACAAGGUUGCUGGCCGUGAAAACAAUGUUCCUGCCGGUGAGGACAAGGUUCCUGGGAAGUGAGGACAAGGUUGCUGGCCGUGAAAACAAUGAUCCUGCCUGUAACGACAAGGUUCCUGCCGGCGACGACAAGGUUCCUGGCGGCGUAAGGACGAGGUUUCAGUCGGUGAGGACAAGGUUCCUGCCAGUGAGGACAAGGUUCCUGCCGGUGACGACAAGGUUCCUGGCGGUGACGACAAGGUUCCUGGCGGUGAGGACCUUGUUCCUGGCGGUGAGGACCUUGUUCCUGGCGGUGAGGACCUUGUUCCUGGCGGUGAGGACAAGGUUCCUGGCGGUGACGACAAGGUUCCUGGCGUUGACGACCUUCUUCCUGGCGGUGAGGACAAGGUUCCUGCCGGUGAGGACAAGGUUUCUGGCGGUGAUAACAAGGUUCCUGGCGGUGAGGACAAGGUUCCUGCUGGUGAGAACAAGGUUCCUGCCGGUGAGGACAAGGUUCUUGGCGGUGAGGACAAGGUUCCUGUCGGUGACGACAAGAGGGAGUUUAAGAUUGGCGACUAUCCUGCCGGUGAGGACAAGGUUCUUGGCGGUGAGGACAAGGUUCCUGUCGGUGACGACAAGAGGGAGUUUAAGAUUGGCGACUACGGACAACGAACAACGAAUGAGGAAGAGAGAGAACUGGGUAGAGGUGCUGGACAGGAUCAUAUAGAUUGGCUAUUAAACCAUUAG